CUGCUUGCGCGGGGCUGCAGCCGCAGCCACGGCAGCCGCGGGAGCAGGCGCGCAUUGUGCAAAGAGGCGGCAGAUGCGAGCAGGGCCAGCCCCACGCGCGUUGGCCUCCUCGCCCAGAGGCCUGCCCGGCGGCCUGACUGGCCCCCGUGCCUCCCCCUGUGCGGGCUGGGGGCCAAGGAGGGCCGGCAUGGCCUGAGUGCUGGACGCGCCUCGGCUCAGCAGCGGGAUUGCACCAUGGGGAACCAGGACGGGAAGCUGAAGAGGAGCGCAGGUGACGCCUUGCACGAAGGCGGAAGCAGCGCAGAGGAUGCUGUUGGGCCCAGGGAUGUGGAAGCCACAAAGAAGGGGAGCGGGGGCAAGAAGGCGCUGGGCAAGCACGGCAAGGGGGGAGGGGGUGGCGGCGGGGGGGAGCCGGGCAAGAAGAAGAGCAAGUCGGAAUCUAGAGCCUCAGUGUUUUCCAACCUGCGGAUCAGGAAGAACCUGUCCAAGGGGAAGAGCACCGGCGGCUCCCGCGAGGAUGUGCUGGACUCCCAGGCCCUGCAGACCGGGGAGCUGGACAGCGCGCAUUCUCUGGUCACCAAGACUCCAGACCUCAGCCUCUCGGCAGACGAGACAGGCCUGUCGGACACCGAGUGUGCUGACCCUUUCGAGAUAAACCGUCCAAGUGGCCAUGGACCCACUGAUGCUGGGGUUGGGGGCAGGGUGGUCUUGGAGGAUUUGGAAACAGCUGUGGGGAUGCAGGAUGGACAAAGGACCAGUUCAGGCUCGGACACGGACAUCUAUAGCUUUCACUCGGCCACGGAGCAAGAGGAUUUGCUUUCAGACAUUCAGCAGGCGAUCCGCCAGCAGCAGCAGCAGCAUAAACGAAGACCCAGCGCUUCAGAGGCGGGUGCAGACGCGCGCGUGGGGACACGCCCAGAGGCGGGGGCUGAUGCGCGGGGACACGCCCAGAGGCGGGGGCUGAUGCGGGGGGACACGCCCAGAGGCGGGUGCUGCUGCGCGGGGACGCGCCCAGAGGCGGGUGCAGACACUGAUGUCCUGGCUGUCAUUCCGCUGGAGGACGCGGGGCGGCUCCACUCUCGCCGCGGGGGCGCGCCCCUCCCCCCAAAGGGGAGCUGGACAGCAAUAUCUCCGUGUGGGGUCUGGUGUGAGACUGUCUCUGGGAUAUUUGUUCAGGAGCCAGGGCGAACCCUGUUGGAGAAGCUGUUCAGCCAGCAGGAGAACGGGCCUCCAGAGGAAGCGGAGAAGUUUUGCUCCCGGAUCAUCGCCAUGGGUCUUCUACUCCCUUUCAGUGACUGCUUCCGGGAGCCGUGUGAUCGCAAUGGCCGAUCCGCCUCAGCUCCCUUUGAUCAAGAUCAGCUUUACACCUGGGCAGCAGUCAGCCAACCCACUCACUCACUGGAUUACACAGAAGGGCAGUUUCCCAGGCGAGUCCCGUCUGUUUGGCCACCAUCUAAACCUCCUGAUGAAGAACACAGGCCGAAGGAUGCUGAAACAGAAUCUCAGUCUGCUGUUUUGGAAACUCCAAAAAAAUGUUCAGAUGCCGUUCACCGGGAAGUCUUUGACAGGAAGUCUGAAGGACAGGCCACUGUAAUUCAGCAACUGGAACAGACCAUCGAGGAUCUGAGGACAAAAAUAGCUGAGCUGGAGAAGCAGUAUCCUGCCCUGGACGCGGAGGCGGCCAGCAGCCGUCAUGGGGCUCAGAAUGGAGUGGCACCCGUAGAAGGUGUCUGUCUUGAAGCUCUCAGGUUAGGAGAAAAGGAUGUAUGCCAUCAGAGGAUUUUACAGGCGAAGUCAAUCCAGACGUCACCGACAGAAGAGGGUGGGAUACCAACACUGCCUUCUGUUAAUGCACUGCCAACGUGUCCUCCCUGCCCACCUGGGCCCGAAAGCGCAGACUCCGCUAUGCCCUCCUCACCUUCUGGACCUCAGACAAAAUUCUGCUCAGAGAUUUCUUUGAUUGUGUCUCCAAGGCGAAUAUCAGUCCAGCUCGACACACAUCAGCCCACUUUGCCUCCACCACCUCCGUCCCUUCCGUGGUCUGACAGUCAAAGACAGGCCGGGUCACAACCUUCCCAUCCUUCUCUUCAUACGGAGUUUGAAACCAGCCAUCAACACUCUGUUUUCUCUUCCUUUGAAAACAGCCACAGCGUCCAACCCUCAGCACCUCUGCCUUGUACAGAGUCCUCCAGCCCCGGGCCUGCAGCAGGCGUGCUGGUUCCCCCACCUCCUCCUCUGCCUGGCACAACAGGGCCUGCUGUGCCCAGUACAGCCAUCCCCCCACCUCCUCCUCUGCCUGGUACAGAAAUGCUACCACCCCCUCCCCCUCCUUUGCCUGGUGAGGUUAUACCUCCCCCACCUUCUCUUCCUGUAGUGGGGAUACCUCCUGCCCCUCCCCUGCCAGGUGAGGGAAUACCUCCUGCCCCUCCCCUGCCAGGUGAGGGAAUACCUCCUGCCCCUCCCCUUCCCGGUAUGGGAAUACCUCCUGCCCCCCCUCUUCCUGGAGUGGGAAUACCUCCUCCCCCCCCUCUUCCUGUAGUGGGGAUACCUCCUGCCCCUUUGCUGGGUAUGGGGAUUCCAUCUGCUCCAGCUCCCCCUCCCACUUCUGGAACAGGCAUUCCCCCACCCCCUAUGCUUCCUGGAUCUGGCCCUCCACUCCCCGCUCAAGUUGGAAGCAGCACUUUAUCAGCACCACAAGUGUGUGGCUUUCUUCCUCCUCCGUUGCCAGCUGGCUUGUUUGGAUUAGGGCUGAACCAAGACAGAGGGAGUAGAAAGCAGCCAGUAGAGCCUUGUCGGCCCAUGAAGCCUCUGUACUGGACGAGAAUUCAACUGCAUAGUAAAAGAGACUCCAGUGCUUCACUUAUUUGGGAAAAAAUUGAAGAGCCAUGCAUAGAUUGUCAUGAAUUUGAGGAAUUAUUUUCUAAAACUGCUGUGAAGGAGAGGAAAAAACCUAUUUCUGACACCAUCACAAAGACCAAGGCUAAACAAGUGGUCAAGUUAUUAAGCAACAAAAGAUCACAAGCAGUUGGAAUAUUAAUGUCUAGCCUUCAUUUAGAUAUGAAAGAUAUACAACAUGCUGUUGUGAACUUGGACAAUUCUGUGGUUGAUCUGGAGACGCUUCAAGCUCUCUAUGAGAAUAGAGCACAAUCAGAUGAACUGGAAAAAAUUGAGAAGCACGGCCGAUCCUCCAAAGACAAGGAAAACGCCAAGUCUCUGGACAAACCUGAACAGUUCCUUUAUGAACUGUCACUAAUCCCCAACUUCUCAGAGCGAGUCUUUUGUAUUCUGUUCCAGUCCACGUUUUCAGAAAGCAUUUGCUCAAUUCGUCGCAAACUGGAGCUGCUACAGAGAGUGUGUGAGACAUUAAAAAAUGGCCCAGGGGUAAUGCAGAUUCUAGGUUUGGUUCUUGCUUUUGGCAACUACAUGAAUGGUGGAAAUAAGACUCGAGGACAGGCAGAUGGCUUCGGAUUAGACAUUCUUCCAAAGCUGAAAGAUGUCAAAAGCAGUGACAAUAGCAGAAGCCUUUUGUCAUAUAUUGUUUCCUAUUAUCUUCGAAAUUUUGAUGAGGAUGCUGGAAAAGAACAGUGUGUUUUUCCACUGCCAGAACCCCAGGACCUUUUUCAGGCCUCACAGAUGAAGUUUGAAGAUUUUCAAAAAGAUCUCAGAAAACUAAAGAAAGACUUGAAAGCUUGUGAAGUUGAGGCGGGGAAGGUUUACCAGGUGUCCUCAAGAGAGCACGUCCAGCCUUUCAAAGAGAACAUGGAGCGAUUUACUAUUCAAGCUAAAAUUGAUCAAGAGGCAGAGGAAAACUCACUGACAGAGACUCAUAAGUGCUUUUUGGAGACUACAGCCUAUUUCUUCAUGAAACCAAAAAUUGGAGAGAAGGAGGUGUCCCCAAAUGUUUUCUUCAGUAUCUGGCAUGAAUUCAGCUCUGACUUUAAAGACUUUUGGAAGAAAGAGAACAAACUCAUUCUACAAGAAAGAGUAAAAGACGCGGAAGAGGCUUGCAGGCAGAAAAAGGGGAGAUCACUGUAUAAAAUAAAACCGAGACACGACUCUGGAAUUAAAGCAAAGAUAAGCAUGAAAACCUGAACAAUGAAAAGCAGAAUGAGUAUGAGUCACUGUAACCACUUCCACAAAACUCAGCUGACCUGAGGGCGGGAAGGAAACGACAUCAUUUUGUUCAUUUUUCCUCUUGACCUCUUGCAUAAUCUUUGUGUUCUCUAGACCGUUCACUGAUUGUUGAGUCUUACUGCACAGUCAUGACAAAUGCAAAAGCAGUGGGUCAGUGGAGAAUUUGACACCUUUAGUCUUUGUAAAGUUUGUGGUAUUAUAUCGAUAGACCAAGACAGCAUGUAUAAAAGGCAAUAUUUGCAUUAAUGCUGAACAUGCUAAAUGUUAACUUAAAAUUUACUUUUGUGAGAAAAUUCCUUAUCCCAGCAAAACACUUUCCUUUCUACUGACAGCCAGUACUCCAUGGCACUGCAUUUCGAUUUAUGGUUAAAAUGUUAUUUCUAGUGAAUUGUUUGUAUCAGUUACAUGUCUACAUAUAAAUUUUCUAUUUUAAAAUUUAAGUCCCAUUUAUGUAUCAUGAUCAAGGCUUUCCCAAUUCUUGGGUUGCUUUCCCUAACUGUAUAUUUGUGAAAGGAGAUUAUCAUUUUUUACUCAAGUCAGAUAAUGAAUAGCAGAAAUAUAGCAAAAGGUAAACCCUUUCCUAUAAAUCAUCUAAUAUAGGCAAGAACCAGCGUUGUAAGUUUAAUGAGGGCUUUUAUCAGCCUGUGUUCUUUGAGACCCUACAUAAAGCUAAUCUUCAACUAAAAUAAAUUAAACUAACGGUGUGCCUCUCUAUAACAUUACCAUUGGCCUUCACAAAGAAAACAUGACUCAGUACUUUGAAGGAAUUUAAAUAAAUGAUGCUCAUAAAAUUGCCAAACAUGACUAAUUGUUGGCCAAAAAAAGGGGGGGGGAGUAAGUUUUUGGAUGGAUUGGCAUCUGUUAAUUAAACGUACCUGCCUGAGUAUUUUUACAUGAUUGGGAUUGUCGUUAUGUGUUAUAGCAGGUGAUUAAAAGCUGUAAAAUGAGUAUAUAAUGACUUGUUAUCUGAAGGAGCUUAGGAAAGGAUUUUCUUUCAUUUCACUUUGAGGGGUAAAAAAAAGUAAAUCUCCCACUCUUUGUGAGAGUGUGUUAACGUCAUCUCAUGAUGCACUGUGAUGGUUUUAUCUAACAAUGGUACGUAGGGCUUGUAAAAAAUCUUUUGAUGAUAUUUGUUGGGAGUGAUGGUUAUUGCUAUUUCUUGCUAUUGGAAACCAAUUAUGGAAAGCAACUUAAAAAAGAAAAUGUUCCAAAUCAUUACUAUGUUUGCAUUUAUGUGAAGUAUGGUCUCUUUUAGUUUGUAGUUUAAGUGCAAAGAAACAGUAGUGGAUUUUUGUUGUUGUUUUGUAGUCUUCCUGUCUCCUUCAGUCCCUCCAAUGUGUAUAUUACCAUUCUUCACUGAAAUAAUAGGGCAUUUAACAAGGAUCGCUAUGUGCAAUACUGUAUUUAGUGUUUCUAUUUCAAUUUUUCUAGGAUGUUAAUUUAUAUGAAAAUAAAAUGAAUA